GUCCAUGAGAGAAAGCUCACAAUCGCACUGUUAAAGAAGCUUAAUUAACUCCUUGAUGAACUCUGUUAAUGCUCCAUCGGCAUAAAGCAAGCCAUUCCCGAUACCCAAACUUGAAACGUCGCCGCCAAUAGCUUGAUCCUUCCAUCUGUCGUAGAGUGCACAAUCUCCAUGGAUUCCUUGCCUUCCCUUAUUCGUCGAUAACCGACUGAUCGAUGAUUAUUGUCGCCUUGUCGAGGCACCUCAAUCUUGUAGUUCGAGAAAGCUUGGAAUUGUUGGGGGCAGAGAAAUCUUGCAGCUCCACCGGCGGGAAAAUCUGCUCAACAGGCCGUCGUCGACAGCCUCUGGAGGCACAGAUCCACCGCGAUCGGUCUCACGUGGAGGUGCAACUCUUGUUCUUCGCGAACUGCCGCCAGCUGCUGGACCCUCCGCUGCCCGACGGCUUUUACGGGAACUAUUUCUUCCCGGUCAAGGUCACGGCCACGAUUGGAUCCCUGGCGGCGGGGGAAGUAGCUGUUGGAAAUGAGUGAAUAGCUUUGAAAGUUAUAGAGUCUCAAGUUGGAAAAAUUAUCACAUUGGUAGUUUUACUUGGUGAAAUGUGUAUAAAGAUAUGAGCCUCUAUCCCAACGGCAUCCCCUUGGGGUGACCCACUUUUGUGGGGGAGGGAGGACCUAACAGACCACCACACGCGUACGCACCGGCCGGUUGGUUCACUUGAGACUAUAUAUUUUUUAGAGAAAUUCCGAACGAAAUUAAUUAUUAGAUAAUUAAUUAUUAAUCGGUUAUUCGAAUGAAUAUUCUAAGGAUAA